GCCUCGUCUUUGCCGGCACACCUUCCAUGCCGCUCACGAUCUCGGUCAUCAUUGGCUCGGUCCGCCCGGGCCGCCAGGGCCUCCGCGCAGCCAAGCACGUCGAGGCGCAGCUCCUUGCGCAAGGCAUCAACGUGCACCUCAUCGACCCGGUCGUCCUCCAGAUCCCGUUGUUUGGUAACCGGUACGACUACCUUCCGGCAGACCAAAAGACGCCGGCGCUCACCGAAGUCUACGAAAAGUUUACCGAGAGCGACGCGUUCGUUAUCGUGACGCCCGAGUACAACCACGCGUACUCGCCCGUCAUCUCGUCGCUCAUGAACUACUUUUACCACAACGAGUUUUACUACAAGGUCGCCGGCAUUGUCUCGUACAGCAUGGGCCCGUUUGGCGGCGUCCGCGCGGCCAUCCAGCUCCGCGCGUACCUCGGCGAGCUCGGGUUGGUGUCGAUCCCCAAGCUCCUCCCGUACCCGGUCAUCCAAGCGCUCCUCAACGAAGACGGCAGCGUCCAAGACGGCGCGGCCGGCGCCGACUCGCUCGCCGACAGCUCGGCCAAGUUUGUCAAUGAGCUGGUGUGGUAUGCUAAGAGCCUCAAGGCCGCCCGCGCCGCCGGCAUGCCUUAAUGUCCUCCGUCAUCACGAUAUUGAAUGGUUUCUGGACGACAUAGUAGUAAUGCCAUGCCAACCACGCUCUUGG